CUGCUUGGUAGGUUUGCUGGUGUGAGCAUCCAAAAUGGUACAAAAAGGACCCCUUCCUCCCUGUUCACCUCGCAUUUUUUUCUUCUUCUUCUUCUUCUCCUUCACUCUUCACUUCAUCAUUUCCACGACCCUCCCUACGCAACCGCAUUUCGCAACCGCUGCCUCUCUACUCCACCUUCCUGUAACAUAAUACACGCGUAAUCAUCAUGCACCUCAAGUCCAUUGCCACCGUCCUCGCCGUCGCCGGCCUCGCUGCUGCCCAGACCAACACCACCGAGCUCAAGCACGGCCAGGCCCACGUCGAUAUGAACGGUAUCGAUGCCACCUUCACCUUCGACAAGGUUGCCGAGGGUAUGAACAUCACUGUCAGCGUCGCCAAGGGUCUCACCACCGGUCUUUUGAUUCAGACCACCCCUCCCCAGACAGGCUUUGAGUACCACAUCCACGACUUCCCCGUCGGCCCUAACAACAACUGCACUGCCACCGGUGCUCACUUGGACCCCGCCAAGGUCGGUGUUGCCAAGCCUUGCGAUCCCACAGAUCUCAACACCUGCCAGACUGGUGACUUGGCCGGCAAGCACGGCCCCCUCGUCCCUGUCAACAACGCGACCGGAGAGAUCCCCACCAUCAACUACAUCGACAGCCAGCUCAACUUCACUGGUGACGGUGCCAUGGUCGGUCGCUCGAUCGUCAUCCACAACAACGGCACCCGCAUUGGCUGCGCGAACUUGGUUGUCGAUGGAUACACCGUCCCUACCACUACCUCCUCUGCUGGUGCCGGCGCUGGCACAAGCACGUCUUCCCCCACUGCCAGCUCCAAGCCCAACAGCGCUGCCAAGCUCGUCGGAUCCGUUGCUCUCUCUGGUCUCAUCGCCAUGAUGAUGAUGGCUCUUUAAAUGGGAUCUGAAAGAAAAGGAUGACGUUCCUGCAUCCGCUCUUCAAACUAUCGCAUAGAUGCAUUCAUCUCUCCUAUUUCUACAACCCCAAAAACAACUACAGCUUAAUAUCUUUGAGUGGAAAGGGACGAAUUAAGGCGUUUGGAGCGACGGCCAGGGGCAUGCGAGAAAGACCGAGAACCACAGUUUUCUUUUAAGUCGCCGGUAAAGCGUUUUCGGAUGUAAAGAAAAACUGCUCGUCCAACUUGCUGUUCUUUGAAUCGCGCUACGCGUCUGUAUUCUUCUUUCUUAUUCACGAAUAAAAACAUUUGUAUAAAA